AAAUCCACGCAACUAUUACUAUAUAACCCCUCACUCACUCUGCUUUGUGGGGUCACAAUUUCAACACACAAAACCCUAAAUUCCCAAAUUCCCCAAACCCUACAAUGACCUCACAAGUUGUCCUACACAAUUUCCCUCACUCCGAAACCAAGCCCUCAACAACUACCACCACCGAUUCCCCACCCACUGCGCCGUCACUCGCCAUCACCAAGAGGUCUUCCGCCGUCGUCACGCGCUCCACCAAGGACCGCCACACCAAGGUCAACGGCCGCGGCCGCCGAGUCCGCAUGCCUCCGCUCUGCGCCGCGCGCAUUUUCCAGCUCACGCGCGAGCUCGGCCACCGCUCCGACGGUGAGACCAUCGAGUGGCUCCUCCGCCACGCAGAGCCUUCCAUCAUUGCAGCCACCGGCUCCGGUACUAUCCCCGCUGCUCCCAUCUCCUCAGUCACACCCUCUGUUCCCUCCUCCGAGUCCUCCGUCUCGGUACCGGUGGUCGGCGGCCAGGGAAUGUUCUCCGUGGCGCCGCCAAGCUGCCGCCUCGACCUGUCUCCGCCACCGGGGUUGGAUUUUGCGGCGACUAACGGCUAUCGGCACAUGCCGUUCACGGCGCUGCUGUUGCAGCCGUCUACGGGGGAGGAAAACCAGAACGACGAGUCUCUCGGCGAACAAUGAAAUCGGUUCGAACCGUGGGGAGUUUCUUUUUUAAUUUAAUUGAUUUCAGGGUUAGUUGCGUGAAAUCAAUGUGGGUGUGUUAGGUUGCGGUUACAUGUGUCUUCUUUAUGUGACAGAAAGAACGGAGUGAAACAUAAGGAUUAUGUAAAUUAUUACUAGAAACUAUUUGAAUGUGAAUUAUAUA